AGGAGCUGCUGCUGCCCAAGUUGUACACGCUCUGUUCUUUUAGUGCAACUCAGUUUGAUAAAUCUUUAUUCAGAAAUUCGUCUACUACCUCCCUAGACGUCUCAAGUAGAUCUUCGGAGAACCGAUAUAUAAAAAGUUAAAUUUUCUACUUUCUACAACAUUCCUGCUACAACGUCGGCAUUCCUGCUACGACAGGAGCUGUUACGACUAUAUUGAACCGAAGAUAGUACAACCUUUCGUUUACUAGAUUUGCCACGUGAAGGAGAGGACGACACCAACAAACUUCGGGCGAGGCUGCGUGGCCCACUGAACCGCCGGGGAAAUAUCUUCACAAGUAUCCGUCUGAAAAAUAAAAGAGCAAAACUGCUUUUCAAAUAAAUGCCCUGCAAGAUCAUGAAGGGCAGUGGUGGAAAUAAAAGCACGCGAGGACCGGGGUCGUGGGCGCAAGUUGUAGUACUCAGCGGGCUACUUUUCCUGUGCAGCGCGCCAUCCGGGGUCCAGGCCAAAUUGCUUGAAAAUUUAGCCGAAGGCAGCGAAGUAGAAUAUGAGGCUCAGCCGAAAAAUCUAUUUCGCCGCAAGCUGGACAAGGUUCGUGACAAGCUGCGCGGGUUCCGAAAGUGGCUGCGCUCUAUUUCGGGGAUGAAGAAAAAGGUUGAGGAGGAGAAUACUGGCUUGACAUUUGCGGAGCACAAAAAGGAGCAGGUAUCAAAUGCAAAAAUGUAGUCUGGGUCUGGAAGACGAAGAUUGCGAGAUUUGUCAUGCUUGUCUGGCUACUUGACAAAAAAGUUUGUGAUGCGUGUCCAAGAAGAGUUCCUUUUGCCUGUCAUGCAACAACGCUGUUUCUCAUGCGAAAAACGCAACACGAAGAACCGCAGAUAUUUCUCAUGCUUGGCUGUGCACUUUUACAGAGCAUUUUUCACUAUUCCCAACACAGUAUUACAAGUUUGCAGACCCAGACAUUUUUGCGUUUGAUAGCAGGCUGGGCCGAUCGAUCCCGCGAUGACCGACGGUAUCAAAUGUAAAAAUGUCUGGGUCUGGAAGAAUCCAACUUGUCAUGCUGAUUUUGGAUUCUAAAAAAAUCUGUAUUGCAUGAGCAGCAAAGAGAGUCCAAGUUUUGCUACACGGAAAACGCAUUUGUCAUGCGGUAUAGGCAUCAGGGAGCCGUCACAAAAUCUGUGAUGCUAGGGCAUGCAUCACCGACAUCAGGAGUCAUGAAAAAUGUGCAUGACAAACAUGCACUCUUCCAGACCCAGACAUUUUUACAUUUGAUAGACGGACAGGUGGAAGCACUGACGGAGGGCAUGCAGGGGGAGAAACUACCGGCGCAAAACCCGGAAUACCUGAAGCAGAUGCAAAACCUGGAUGCGCGCGGCUGUAACACGUGUUAUCGGAUUCGGAAGGUGUUCGAGGGCACGGUUUUCGCCGGAGGGGGCAUGAAAUACUUCAUGUAUGUGGCGCUGUUUCUGGCCCUGUAUGUGGGGUCCACCGUGGGUACCAUGGGACUGAUUUGGAUAUCCAGUGUAAAUAUGUCUGGGUCUGGAGCAAUGCAAUAUGUGACGCUACCUUUGGAUUUCAAAAAAAUCUGUAUUGCAUGAUUACUAGCAAAGGGAAUGGAAUUUUCGCUACGGGGGAAGGGUGUUUGUCAUGCGGAAUAGGUCGUAUCAAGUUCAAGGAGCCUUCAACAAAUCUGUGAUGCCAGGGCAUGCAUCACAGAUCGAUCAUGACUCAUGCAAAACGUGCAUGACAGAUUCUCCCAGACCCAGACAUAUUUGCAUUUGAUAUCGGACCACCAUUCCGGCGGUGUGGGGUAGCGUGAGUGCCUAUGGAAGCGUUAGGACCGAAAUCGACAAAGUUUCUAUAUGCAUAAAAUCAAUACCAGUUGGGCCCACAGUUUAUAGUCGGCGCAUGACAAAUCUUCCCCGCGCGGGCAGCGAAUCUGUCGCGCUGUUUAGGGCAACGGAGCUCCCUUCUGUCAUGCUAGUCAGCAGCCCAAUCCUUGCCCCUGAAGAAUAGCACUACAUAUAUAAUUAUGAAUCUGCCUCCCUGGCGUCUUCAUCUUCUGCAAUAAGGUCACUUUGUGCGUCGACGUCGCAUUUUAUGCGUGACAGACUAGUGCAACUUUGUCGAUUUCAUCGAUCCUGACACUCUGAUAAGGCCAGUAUCCAAGCAGGGGCGACCUUCGGGGCUGCUUUGAAGGCCGUGCUGUUGACGCCUACGAUUAUACAGCCGGCGCUGCACAGCUUUUUCCUCAUGCUUAGCUGCUCUGUGGCGAGAAUAUCCGACUGCACAUCAACUUGCCCUUCGUCCCCUCAUUUGCAUGUUGGCAUAAACAGCAAUACAAACUCCACCGGCACACGCACACGUGUUGAGGCCUGGUGUCGCGCAUGACACCUUCGCAGGAGGCCGAGUGUAGUAUUCUAAUUCGAUUUGCGCUACCGGAAUUUGUCAUGCGAACAGUGCCACCAGGCAGCAGUUGGAUUUGGGAUUUUGCAUGACAAGUGAGCGGGACCACGAGGGGGAGUUGUGCACUCUCACAGAGAACAAGGCUGGUGGACAAGUUUACGAAUUUGUUGCAGGACCAGCUGUAUCCAGUGCAGGUAUUUGUCUGGGUCUGGAUGAAGUCAGACACUUGUCAUCGACAGUUUUUGCAGCUUCACAAAGGUGAUGUGGAAAAAUGCACACAGAGCAUGACAAAUGAAUGGGAUCAUACCGAUUCAUGCCUAAGAACCCGCAUGAGAAAUACUGUCUUGAUGUCCCGAGACAAAAAUCUGGCAUCUUUUGCUGACCAUGCAGCACAGAUUUUUUGCCUGUUCCAAAAUUUGAUGCAUCACAAGUUUGCAUCCUUCCAGAUGACCCCGAUCGAUAUUUGCAGUGCAUAAGCUGCAGCAAAAAGCGAACGAGAUCGCUGUGUCGGGCGCUAGAUCAGGCAGAGGGAUGACGACAAAGUAUCAAAAGGAAAAAUCCCCCCUCCCCAUAUCGAAAAGGAGAUCCGUGAUGCUGGAUUUGCGUACACAAAUCUAAUCAGAUUUGUCUUGCAGUAGAGGACUGCACGCAGAUCGCAGGGCUAGAUAGGGGCCUUUUGGUGUAGGCGCCUAGCAUGGUACUAGACUGCUGCCCUGUAGUCCUUACAGCAUUUGUACAAAUCGCCUGCGUAGCGUGUCGGAGAGCCUGGAUCUGCCUUUUAGCAAGACAGGCAGGAUUUGUGGCCACAAAUCUGCAGCACAAAUUUUUAGGAGUUACGUUUUUAAUUUGGUGAGGGGGGAUUUUUCCUUGCAAUACAAAGGAAGCCGCCAUGGGCCGUCAGCAAGCGUUCACCUUUACGAAGCUGAUGACGCAAGCGCUUCCCACGGCGAUUGCCGGCGGGGCCUCGACGCUGGGGACUUUGGCGUACGCUGUUCCUAUGGUCGGUUUGGGAAAUUGGAUCUUUCUGGUUCCCAUUUUCACGGCACUUGCUCCUGGUAUGGCGACGUGGAACAUGCCCGCUCUUGAUAGCCAGAUCGCCGCGCAGGAGAAGGAAUUGGAACGUCUCCAGGAAGAAGUGCUCCGGACGCGGUCCGCGUUGCAGAGCCCGGACGAACUGCAAACGCUUCGGGAAAAUGCGCACCUGGGUUACAGCCUGGCGGACAAGAGCCUUCCGGCGGAGAAAAAGGAAGCCGAGGCCAAAGUAAAACUGGAGUCGCUGAAAAAAACCAAGGCAAGCAUUGUCAAUUUCAUUUCGUCAGUGUCCUCAGUUCUUCAGCUUUUUCUGAUGUAUUUUGGAAUUAUUAAUGCAGAGCUGGGCCCUGGAAAUCCGCUGGAGAAAGAGCUGCCUCAGUGGAUCUUGCCAAAAAAUCCGUUGACUCCCACAAAGGCCGUGACCAUCAGAGCCAGCACCAGCAUUGUUGGGAGCAAGAGCAUGGACUUUGCUCAGUCGCUUUUCAGUUUGAAAACGGAGGGUUACAACAGUAUCAAAUGCAAAUAUCGAUCUGGGUCUGGAAGAGUCAUGCUGCUUUUGCAUGACACAGAAGGAGGUCUAGCAUGGAAGCUCUAGCGUCACAGGUUCUUUCGAGAAGCUUAUUCCGCAAUGCCGAAUCCGCAUGACGAGUGCCUCAUUUUGGUGGCAGAAAGUUGGCAACUUAUGCUGCCUAGGCUUGAGAGAUUCUUAUGUGUUGUGCAAUGUGCAAUACAAGUUUGCAUUCUUCCCCGGACCCAGACAUAUUUGCGAUGCAUAAACAGCAAGCAGAUGCAAAAGUACCUGGACCUCUUUUCCCGCGCCCCGGUGGCCCUAUCAAAUGCAAAAAUGUCUGGGUCUGGAAGGUUGGAACUUGUGCUGCUAACUUUGGACUCUAAAAAGAUCUGUAUUGCAUGACCAGCAAGAGGAGCCACAUUUGUGCUGCGCGAGGAGGGCAUUUGUCAUGCGGAAAUGGCAUCAGGAAGCCUUCCAAAAAUCUGUGAUGCUGGGUCAUGAAUACAUACAAGCAUCAUGGGUUAUGCCAGACAAGCAUGACAAGCCUUGCAUUCUUCCAGACCCAGACAUAUUGUCACUUGAUAGGACCAUCUCUUUGACAAGAACCAGACGAGCGGCACGCUUGACCGCGUGGGCUAUCGGAUGGAAAUAUUACAAUGAAAAAUGCCCCCACCCCCAAAGUUGCGAAAAUUUGUGAUGCAUAAGGUUUUCAAAUGAAGAACUUUUUAUCUAUGCGUGAAAGGAGUAUGAACCUUUCUGCUGCAAAAUCUAGGUGUAUAUCGCAUCGCUUGCAUGACAAGCGCCGGUCUUGUCGGGGUCUCUUGCAAUACAAAGUUUUGCUCUUCACGGUUGGAAAUCUGUGAUGCAAAUGGAUGCAAGAUUGCGAAUGUUUCAUUUGGAAAGGUUUGCAAUACAACAAAUGCUCCCAAGUUCGGGGGUGGGGGCACUUUUCAUUGUAAGAGGAAAGCGUGAACGUUCGCUUCAAGAUUUGGCCCGAACGCGGACAGCCGACGGUAUGGCGUUCUCAAAUGUUACAUUCGCAGCUGUUACGUGAUUUGUCAUGCAAAAUUGCAAUCAGAAUCGACACGAUCAAGCUGCUUCGCAUGACAAAUUCCCGAAGUAGAGCCCAACAGGCUGAGAAUCUGUGCCAAAUCUGUCGUCGUGCAAGACGCGCAACAAGGUCCCCUAUUUCACUGUUGCAGUUCUUGCACCACAUCAAACCCACGUAACAGUUGAGGACGUAACGGUGGAGAACGCCAUAGACGGUCGACGUGCCUGGCGGUUCCUUUUUCUACUUGAGAGCGCCCUCGGGCGGUGGGAAGAGCGUGCUGCUGAGCAUGAUGUUUGGCAGUUUGGUAUCAGAAGGAAAAAUGCUCACUCCCCAUAUUGAACAGGUAUGUUUCCGAAAAUUUGCGUUGCUGAUUUGACGUCACAAAUCACAUCUGUAUUGGAAGAAGACAAGGGCAGAAGCUUGCGCCCCAUUAUGGGAGCGAUUUGCCAUGCUGUUGGACCUAAAGGGGAGCCGUUUGACAUGCUGAACAACUAGACGUAUACGCCCCUACCUAGCCUUGGGACCUGGCCGCACGCAGUGCCUCUCUGCAAUACAAAGCUGACUUGUGUACACAAAUCCAGCAGCAGAAAUUCCGUUUUGAUAUGGGGAGGGGGUAUUUUUUCAUUCGAUAUUUGGACCCCGAGUUCGGCACGCGCGAAAUUUUGUGGAACGGGGUGGACCUGGGCCGCGCGAAUAUCAAAUGUAAAAAUGUCUGGGUCUGGAAGAGUGCGCGACUUGUCAUGCUGCUCUUCCAUGACCCAUGAGGUCUGGAAUGCAGGAUCUAGCAUGACAGAUUCUGCGAGACCUUUCUCAUGCCUAUCCUGCAUGAGAAACUCCCUCCCGACUUUCUUCAAAACUGGACGACUUCUGGUAAUCAUGCAACACAGAUUUUUCCAUGCUGCAGAUUUAGCAUGACAAGUUGCAAUCUUCCAGACCCAGACAUUUUUACAUUUGAUAGCGAAAGGCACCGAACAACAGGGCCGGGAGAUGGACAAAGAAAACGACCGCGAAAUGUAUAACGUGCUCAGCUGUUUCAAUCUCAAACGUGAUUUGUCUUGCAUGAUCUCAAUAGAAUCUGAGAUUUGUCUUGCAUGAUGAGCAUGACAGACUCGCAGAGCCGCGCUCCACUCAAUAAGUACAAACUUCGCCAGAUGAUUGUAGUGGGGUUUGGGGCUCCGGAACUUGUCAUGCGCAAUCCUAGGAGAGUUGGCUAGGUCAUGCGCUCUUGCAUCACAGAUUUUUGUAACACCUGAGCGGGUUAUAAAGUGGCGCUGUCCCGGAUGUUGUACCACCAGGUCGUGGCCUAUGAGAGUGCACAACCCCCCCUCCCCCUCAUUUGUCAUGCGAAAUACCAAAUCCAAGCUCUGCGUCUGCCUCUGUCUCUUGUCGUGUAGUUUGCAUGACAACUUCUGGUAGCCCUGCCCUUAGCCUUCCAACAUGACAACUUCUGGUAGCCCUGCCCUUAGCCUUCCAACAUGACAACUUCUGGUAGCCCUGCCCUUAGCCUUCCAACAUGACAACUUCUGGUAGCCCAAAUAGCACUACAAUCCAGUGCAAAUAAUUUGUCAUGCAAAACCGGCAUUCUUUUUCUUGCUGACGCUUGUAUUUUUGCCGUUCAUGCUAUACAAAUGAGGGGGAACAAAGGGGAGCUGUGCACUCCCAUAGUGCCAGUCAAAAGAUCAGCAUUCACCAGAUGACGGGGACCGUGCGUGACCAGGUGCUCCAGGCAAACCCGUACAGCCUUGGUGCGAAGUAUGGAAGCGUCAGGAUUGUUGAAAUCGUCAAAGUUGAAAUACUAGUUUGUGAUGCAUAAAAUGCAACGACAAAGUGCCUGUCUUGCUGAGUACUUAGGCAAGGGAGGCAGAUUGUAAGCCUGUUGAGGGGUAAGUACUAGAAAUAGAGCUGCUAAACUAGCAUGACAAAGAGUGUCUUUCUUACCCAAACAGCAUUACAAAGUGGAUUUCGGUUCUACUCAAAUUUGUCAUGCGCCACUUGAAAACUACGCAUCAAGUGGCGCCCGUUUUAUGCAUCUCAAAUUUCUCUCAACUUUGUCGAUUUCGAUCCUGACACUAGCAUACGAAGGAGGUUGUCGAGGCCGCGAAGCUCGCGAAGAUUUGGCCCAAGCUGGCGCUAUCCUGUGCAAAAGUAUCGUACUCGUACAAAUGCAUUACAAAUUUCCUAAGCAUGAGAAAUAAAAUUUGUAAUGCGCUUUUACCUUGAGAGCAAGAUUUGUAAUGCAUGUUUGCGAUUACUACGAGUACGAUACUUUUGCACAGGAUAGGCGCAGUACGCGCGGACGACACUCGUGUUUGGGGAACAAACGACCGAUGAGCUGCGAAAGAAAAAAAGCGGCAGCGGGCUUUUCUCUUUUUUUCGGCGCAAGAAUAACCAGAAACUUGAUGUGUCGCGGCGGAACACCAUGACGGCGGAAGCAGUGGAAGCGCUGAGUGACGUCGAUCUGGCGGAAAAGCUGCUCGACAUGCAAGGGUAUGAACUGCAAAAGUAUCGUACUCGUAUAAAUGCAUUACAAAUUUUCUCAGCAUGAGACAUAAAAUUUGUCAUGCUGAUUUGCAUUGACAAAGAAAUUUGUAAUGCAAGACUUGCAUUUGUACGAGGACGAUACUUUUGCACAGGAUAAAGGACUUCGUGGUCAAAUGUCGCGCGGGGAAUAUCGCACGAAAAAACUGUAGUUUCACUGUGAACUUGUGAUGCAUAGAAUGGAGUACACAACUAUUUGUCUUGCUACACACGCAAGACAUUGGGAUUUUCAACGUGCUUUGCCUUAGGAAGCACGCAUGGCAAGUUUUCUUGGUCAUGUGUAAGAACGAACUUGUAAUGCAAAACUUGCAAGACCAAAAUCUUUACAGUGAAGCAGUUUUUUCGUACGAUAGAGAAGGGAAUCGGUACAAUCUGGUGUGGGCCUUGCUGAUGCGUCCGCGCGUUUUGUUUAUGGACGAGGCAACGGAUGGUUUGGAUGAGCCUACGCAGCUGGAGGUGGUGCGCAACAUCUUUUGUUUUGCGGCCACACGGGGAACCACGGUGAUCUUCACCACGCAUGAGGUGCAACUCUACGCCAGAGCCCUGUUCGGCGACGCCCACCGGGACAUUCUGGAUCAGAAGGUGGGCAACCCGGGAUGCCGCGCGGACUUGAGCGCUUUUGGCAGCCUGCAAACGUUUACCAAGUGCAAAAAUGUCUGGGUCUGGAAGACUGCAACUACUUGUGAUGCUGCGUUUGGAUUUUUCCAAAAAAAUCUGUAUUGCAUCAGUAGCAAAGAUGAAAAUGCAACUUUUUCUACGCUGAGAAGGCAUUUGUCAUGCGGAAUAGGCAUCAAGAAGCCCCCAAAAAAUCUGUAUUGCUAGGGUAUGCAUCACAGACGUCAUGGCUCAUGCAAAACGUGCAUUGCAUCUUGUCAGAACCUUCCAGACCCAGACACUUUUACAGUUGAUAACGUUGGGGCAACUGUGCGCCACCGCCCGCGAAAACGCGGGGUACGAUUUUCCGGCAGACCACCCCACGAUAUCAAGUGCAAAAAUGUCUGGGUCUCCUGGAAGAUUGGUAGGUUUGUGAUGCAGGUUUUCCAUGACUCACGCGGUCUGCCAUGCACAGCCUGGCAUGACAGGCUCUGUGAGAUCUCUAUCAUGCCGCUCCUGCAUGAGAAACUGCCUCUAAACUUGUUCAAAAGUGGACCUCUUUUGGUAAUCAUGCAACACAAAUUUGUCCCAGUUCCAGAUGUAGCAUGACAAGUUACACUCUUCCAGACCCUCUAGCCUAGGCAUAUUUGCAAUGCAUACACGAAAAACUGGAACGAUCCUUUGCCGGAAAGGUUUCAGCACAAGCUGGUCACCCGUUUCGACCCGGACCCCGCGCUGCCCUGCUAUGUAUUGGAAAUAUGUUGUCUGGGUCUGGAAGAAUGGAACUUGCAAUGCUGUCUGCGGAUUCUAGAAAUAUCUGUGUUGCAUGAGCAGCAAGAGGUGUCAGUUCUUGGUACGCGGAGAGGGCAUUUCUCAUGUGUAAUAAGCAUCAAGAAGCUUUCAAAAAAUCUGUGAUGCUAGAACCAGCAUCACAGACCUCAUGGGUCAUGCAAAAUGUGCAUGACAAGCCCCGACUCUUCCAGACCCAGACAUAUUU